UCGCUGUAGCUGGGAGGGAGGUGUGCUGCGUGUCUCUCUGCGGACGUGGAGGCCAGGACCUUAGGCGCGGUCGGCGCUCGCCCACAACGACGACGACGACAACGAUAUCGCUCCCGUCGUUCUGUGAUUGGGUAUGGAGAGCUCAGGUGGAGCUCUCUCUGUCUGCCACGUGGCCACCCGGGAUUCCCUGCGCGCACACGGUGGUUGUGCUAGCUCCUCGUUGACGGUGAAAGAUUGCGGAGAAGGGGGUGCGGGUGGGAAGGCAGACGAGGUGCACGCCUACACGCUGGCGCCAUGCGUAUCGUCGGGAGGAUGCGCGCGAGCGGACCCCGUGCCGGCGCAGUCGUCGUCGUCGUCGGCGGCGACGACGGCGCCCUCGAAAGCGCAGAGCAGAGGGUCGCGCCUGCGCCGAGAGGACAAAGAAGGGCGAGACAGGGCGGCGAUCGGCAGAAGUACAAAGCUGCAGUCGCGCAGGUGUCAGCAGCCAACGGAAGCAGCGCUAGAUAACGAAGAUGGCGUGGCCGGAGGAGGCUUACCUCUGAUUGGAAGGGAGGGGAACGGUGCGCGAGUACGCGCCAUUAUUCCAGAUGGAGGACGAAGCUCAGGGGCUGCUGAGAAACUUGCCGCGGAUGGUGACGAAUGCCUGUCCAGAGGGUCGCAGCGAUUCAACACCAUAGAAACUACCGACCUAAGGGGAGCCAUGGGGGAUGAUGAUCCGGGUGAAGUUAUUGAUAUCUCCCCCACCGGCCAUUCCGUGGGCUCUUUAGAGUGUAUUUCGCGGUGCAGUGGGGGAGGGCCCGGAAAAGGGGGGGAUGGCUCCAAUGCGAACAGAGGGCGUAGGGAAUGGAAUGCCGCGCCCGACGCUCAGCCGUUGCCUUCGUCUUUGAUUCGAGCUGGGGAUCGUGAGUGUGGAGGAGAGGAAGGGAGGGAAGAAGAGGAGGUGCUGGUAGAUGAGGGGGAGGAUGGGCUUGGCGGAGCGGAGACUGGUCCGAGGAAGAUGUACGUGUACGAUAACACAUUCAACGUUUUGCCGUCCGAAGUGGGGUGUCUUCAUUCGUUACAAGUGCUGAAGUUUUUUUCCAACGAGGUGCGGCUCAUCCCUAGAGAAAUAGGCGGCAUCAGCUCGCUGGAACAGCUGUACGUGAAAACUGAGCCUGUGGGGAUGAGCGUGCUGCCUCCCUUAGGUCGACUCCGCUCUUUGAAAGCUCUGGAACUCCAUGAGGCACCAGCUCGACCCUCUGUAAGAGCUCUGCCAAGCGACAUCAGCCAGCUUGAGUCCUUGACGAGGCUCGCCGUCUGCCACUAUGGAAUCACGUCUGUUCCAGCGGACAUAGGAACGCUGAAGCAACUGGAGGAGCUGGAUCUGUCUUUCAAUAAGAUCACGCUGCUUCCCCCUGAGAUUGGGGAAUUGAAGUCGCUCAAGACUUUGUAUGUUGCGAGCAACAAACUGAGAAGUCUGCCGAUCCAGCUGUCUGAUUUGGUCAGCCUGACAGAUCUGGACGUCGCGCACAAUAAAAUAACAUCUCUUUGCAAUCUGCCGUUGACGUCGAUGACUGCGCUCGUCUCUCUCAAUGCCAAGUGUAAUAGGCUGCAAGUUGCAUUUCCUGUGCCAAGUUGGAUUAAAUGCAAUCUUGAAGGGAACGAGGGUAUUGGAAGUGCUGCUCUGGACAAGGAUGAAGAAGAGCGCAGAAGUGUAGACUCAGGACUGGCGUGUGCAGCGACGGAUAGUCCACGUGCUUCCCUCAAAGGUUGUGAGCAGCAUGAUCGAAGUGGGAGUCGUGUAAAUAAAUGGGAGACAAGGAGGGAACGAGAGAACGUGACUGGCAAUGCGUCCAGGGACAUUGAACAGCGAGAAGAGGAUGAGAACGCGAGUAGUAGGUUAGCAUCUGUAGAGGGUGAUGAAGAGGUAACUUGUUCAGGUAGGGGAGAAGAGGAGGGUUGUGUGGAGAGGACACAGUCUGGGGCAACUGAAGCUAGUGAUGCAGAGCAUGCGGGUGCUGUGAGAGUCAACUCGUCGCUGCCUUCAAGGGAGGAUACAGAUGCAUCCGAUGUUUGUGGCAAAGUUGGCAGCUUUGCUGGAAGUCAAAGGUCUCUGGCAUCGGGUGAGGGAAGGGUCACUGUCGUGGGAGUGCCCUCUACGGAGAGGGGGAAUAAGGUCAGGGCAUUUCGAAGUAGGAUGAGGCCGUUUGAAGGCGAACUUAGGAAGGCAAGGCUGGGGGCUUUGGAAGAGCCUGACAGGAGUCCGUGUGAUGGACAACAGUGUCAAGAUGGCGGACCGAACUCGUGCUCAAGCAAAGUGUACGAUGGGGCGGAAGUAGCAGGCCAAGAGAAUGGAAGGGACGGUGGUGAGAGUGCUGGUCCAGCUGAGGAGCAGUUGCGCCUUGGCAGACGUUCUCUGGGGAGAAACGAGGAGGCCAUGAUUCCAAAUAAACGAAUACGGCGGUCGUCAGCUGGGUUCUCCGAGGUUGCUCGAAAGUAUCAUCAAGAGUCUUUCUGUGGUUUUGAUGAUCGCUUGGAAGAUGGAUUUCAUGAUGCUGGCAGAGAACGCCCGUUCUUGUCGCUGGAUGUGCUGGAGAAAGAACCUCCUUGCCUGGAUUCUCGGGAAGUCAUCGUGGUUGACAGGGGAAAAGAUGAGGAUCUGGAUCUGGCUCUUGGCACUGUUCGGAAACUGCUGGUGGGCCGAUCUAGCACAUCAUGGGGGAGGAGUGAGGGCUGUGGCAAAGAGGCAAGCCAGAACAAGGAGUCGGUUUCAGCGGAGCUUGUACGGCUGCAUGUGACGAUCCUUGCACAGUUUGUCUCUGACUGGUUUGGUGGGAGUGAUAAAGCUCAGCUGGUCAUGUCGAUGCGGACUGCCAUGCUUGGAGGCUCGCGAGUCCCUGGAUCAAAAGACUGUGCUUGUGUAUGUAGUGAGUUAGGACAGGGGUGGGGCGCUCGAGCUGUCUGUGGCAACGUCCUUUCUGAUAGGCAGACAAGAUUAACAUAUGGAUUGGAAGCAGGAAUUCAGCUGCCAAGCGUCCAGCUUUUGUGUGGAGAAAGUGUGAGGGUUCUGAAGGCGCAGCGGCAGUCAAACAUCGUACCCAUUGGAGCUCUGAAAUAUGGCAUAUGUAGGCAUCGGGCAAUCAUGCUGAAGUACCUGUGUGAUCAUCUGGAUCCUGCGAUACCUUGUGAGCUUGUCCGAGGGUAUAUGGACAACAUUCCACAUGCAUGGAAUGUGGUGCUGGUGGGAGGCGUGCGAAUGCUGGUGGAUGCCUGCCGGCCUGCUGACAUUCGACCCGAAACUAAUGCUGAAUACCUUUGCAGGUAUUUGCCACUGAAACGAGUGUCUUUGCGGGCAGGUGAACGGGAGGUUCUUGAUUUGCAGAGGCUUCUUCUGCAUGAGGAGAUUGGCCGAGGGGCCUCGGGAGCAGUUGUUUAUCGAUGCACAUUAGGGGAUGUUACCGUUGCUGCUAAAGUGAUGAGGUCGACUGGAAUCAAUGGUUGGUUGUGUCAUGGCAACAAGGAGGUGAUGGGUGGGGUUGCCUGUCCGCAGAGAGAUUUCACUCUGCCACUGAGUGAACUGCGCUUGUUAGCAAGCUUGCCUCGCCAUCCAAGCAUCGUAGAGUUCUACGGCCACCACAUCUUUACUGAUUAUUAUGGGAUGACCUCGGGGCAGGAAAGGUGUAGUUCAGCACCAGAGACGCAGAACAAUGGCCGAGUGGCAUAUGGCCUGAUGUUGUUCAUGGAGUAUGUUGCCGGCGGGUCUUUGGAGGGUUACCUUGCAAGAUGCCGUGAGCGGGGGGAUCAAUUGUUUCCUGUGGCGAUCAGUGUCCGGAUUGCGAGAGAGGUGGCUAAAGGAAUCGCGUGGCUUCACUCUCAGGGGCUGAUUCACAGAGAUAUCAAGAGCAGCAAUAUUCUGGUGGACGUUGAAGGAUGGGAUGCAGAGGACACCAUUCCUAAGGAGGAGGACAGUGAGAGCACUCUUGAUGGGGAUAUCCAACAGGAAAAGAAGAAGAAGAACAGUACAGCUAAUGAUGACAAGGACGGUCAACCGAGCUCUACCAGAGGGAAUGGCAGGCCUUGGGUAGUCCGUUCUGUGAAGAUUUGCGACUUCAGCACUGCAGUCCAUCUUGCAUCGUCAUCACAGAUGACGCAUGCCAGAGGCAGGGAAGGAAUGUGUUGUAGCAGCAGCUGUCACUGGCGAGCGCAGCUUUGUGACACUCCCCCAGCCGAUAGAUGUGUUGGGACACCGAGAUGGAUGGCUCCUGAGGUUCUGAGGGCUAUGUAUAUGCAAAAUGCGUAUGGACCGCAAGUCGAUAUCUGGUCGUUUGGCUGUCUGCUGGUGGAGCUUUUGACCCUGGCGGUUCCUUAUGAAGGCUUGUCAGAUGCCUGUGUCCAAUCGCACAUUCAGUCUGGACAGCGGCCAGGCUUGCCUGUGUCUCUGCAGGAGUGGCUGCCGGGAGCUGCUGCCGAAGGAGCACCGGAUCAGAUCACUGCGCUGGUGGAUGGGGACGAGGAGAAGCAGGCACUUCGCACACUGAUAGAGUUGUGGCAUGAAUGUACAAGAAUGUCGCCUUCGCUUCGACCUACCGCGGACAUGAUAGUGCGCAGGCUGGAUGAUCUGGACCUCGUCAAGAAUCAGAGGGCAACAGCCACUCCCACGUGGCAGCAGGAGGAGGAGGUAUCGGGAACGGGGUCCAUGGAUAAGCGCGUGGAGAAGGGGGCAGAGAAGACGGGAGAUGAGGUGGCAAUUGUUUCGACUCAAGGCAUGCGAGGACGAUGUGGGACGACGGACUCGUCAGGUGGUUCUCCACGAAAGAACGAGGCGGCAGUUCCCGUGAGCGUGUUCAUUUCGGACCAAGAGACCGCACAGGCAAUCGAAUCUGUGGCCUGAUUCCAUUCCACGAGGCCCCGUCGUUGAAAUUUGGGAAGAAGCCUGAUGAUGGAACAUAAAGAAGGUGAGGGGGUGAUAGCACGGGGGCUGCGUGCGCCAAGGGCGUGGAGGGAAUGUUUUGUUUUGUUACUUAUUUCAAGUUCAUCUGACACACUCCCCCAUGGUCCAGGGGGGUGCAAAAUUGCAAAUUACAUUAGAACGGAGAAGAGAUUUGUUGCUGUUGUAGGUUGAUCUUGCACGAUUUAAGCUUUUUUUUUUUUUUUUUUUUUUUUUUUGGCGCAGUUUUUUUGUACUUGCUGGAGGUGAAGACAGGCUGGCAGCCUAUUGGUUUUGAUGUGGGGACUGGCAUGUCGCUUGUUCUUUUCGUGAGAAGGGGGCUUGGAUGUAAAAGGGGGGGGUAUGGUGGAAGGGGACAGACAUGCCGAGGAAGGAGUCAAAACAGCCAUGCUCCCACCAAUAUAUACGUCAUUGAGGAAAAAAAUGGAGGGUGAGACGACCUCCGCUCAAUGCAGAAUCCCUUUUCUGGUUUGGGAACAUGCAGAAGAAGAAAAUCGUUUCAUUCUUGAUGAAGCAAUAGUGUGGUGGAUUGCUAACCUUAGUGGUAGGCAAGAGUCUGGCUUGCAACGGUUCUGAGCCACUGCCCUUUUGAGCGCUAGAAGGUUGCACAUCUCAUGUUUUGCUUAGCGGAUGGUGAACCUGAACAGGCGAGGCCUAUGACUGGAACGGGGCGCCAGGGAGAAUGUUUUGAGCGCGCAGCAAAUCAGGUCAGCGAUUUCUCUGUCUCUUUGCAUCGUGUGUGUCUGUUGGGGCGAUGCGUGCCCUCUCCCAUGGUUUACAUUCCAGAUACGAGGACUAGGCAAACCCAUGUCGAGUGUUCUCCAGCGUUGGGAGCGAUAUAGUGAGAGGAGAUCAAGACAAGGUAAGUUUUUUCUUAGAGGUAGUUUUGUGUUUGUAAGCUGAUCGAUCGGCAGUGGACAGAAUUUUGCAAGGACAGCUUUCUGUGCACUGUCGAAGAUUCCGGGGUCGGCCAACUUCUAGGAAGUUGGUGUUUGUUUGGUAUUCCGAUGCAUGGGCAAUAUUGUGUUUCCUGUACAAUUGCAGUAGAGGACAGCAACUUCAGAAGCUCGGGUCCCUGCUAUAGCCUAUAGGAGCAUGCGUCAAUGGGCGAAAGGACGAGAAGAUCACAAAAAGAGAAGGAUUGUAUGGCAUGGGGACAGGGCUUUGCAACUCUGCAAACUUUAUGAAAGGCAACAAGGUUUGUGGUCUCGGGCAGUUAGUCGCUCAUGUUGUAAAUAGGAUUUGUGAUUCCCAAUUCUUACUUAGGGGGUUGUUACAGUUUUUCCCCUCUUUUUUUUUCUCAGGAACAUUUGUCUAAAUUAGCAGGUCAUCCUUGUUUAUUGGGCUUGUUUAUCGGGCCUGAAGGAAUGUGCCUGAGGGAGUGACACCGAGGGGGAGAGGUGGACGGGGGAGGACAACGGGUGCUUCUGUCGUAACCUACAAAGUUUCUCCUCCUUCCCUCCCUCCCUCUUUGUCUCUCUAUCGACCUGCAUUGCCCACCACCAGUGUGCCUGUUAGCCUGCUUGCCUUCCUGUCGUAUCUCUCUUGCUCCCUCCCUCCCUUCCUCCCUUUGUCCGUCUUCGCCUCUCUCUCUCUCUCUCUCUCUCUCUCUCUCUCUCUCUCUCUCUCUCUCUCUCUCUCUCUCUCUCUCUCUNUCUCUCUCUCUCUCUCUCUCUCUCUCUCUCUCUCUCUCUCUCUCUCUCUGUGUGUGUGUGUGUGUGUGUGUGUGUGCUGCCAUACAGUUGGAAAAUGUGCCUAUGACAAACUGCAUCAUGAAAUGUUUACCUUUGCAUGGGUUGGAUGCCCCUCAGCCAUCCAUGGCUAAAUCGAGUUGAGAACGACUGGACUCUACCAUCU